AGUUAUUUAAUGUUUUCAUUUAAAAAUAAAUUGAAAAUCAGCACGAAAACGUGCAAAAUCGGGAAAGAAGAAAAAGACAAAUUGACAAUUCAGUCCGCAUCUUCUCACUCAAUUCCGACUGAUUUCCGAAUCAACCGGUUGUAGGCGAAAUUCAUUCGGAAUCGGUUGUUGCACUGGAGUUGGAAUUGAUUCGGAAUUCAUUAUGAUUUCCACAUGAAAUUCCGAAUGAAAAUUUCUCGUCGAUUCGGAAUUGAUUCGGAAUCCAUUCGGAUCUGGUAAUGUGGGUCUCUGCUUGCUUAAAUGACCCUCUGUUACGUCUCACCGACGACACGACCAGGCACUCCGAAGAAAAAUCAGCAUUAAAACUGUUCGCUAACGAUUCACCGCCAGUUACCACAAAUCUAGCGACCCCUUGUAAAUGAUAAAAAUAAUCUUCUCGAGCAACACUGUUUAAGUUGCUAUGGACUAGUUACCAAGGAACCCCAAAACAAAUAAACAUGUUUUGAAAGCGGUGGAAUAGUUUUAUUAGUGUUAAACUUUGUCCAAAUUAAGCAGAAAUGCAUUUAAAUGAACUCGAUUUUCGGAAUUUAAUCAAAACUAUGGAUGAAACCAACGAACGAGGACAAUGAUCUGCUUCCAGCGAUUCAUCCGUACACUUCAACUGCUAGCUUUUCUGGACAGUAGGAUUCGGUGUAAUACGCCGGUGUCAAAAUUGUUUUGUGUCGGUUGAUUGCGCAGCAGUAGAAACAGUAUUUCAUCUUGUUGGCCACUAUUCGAGGAUUACUAGUGAAAUUCCACAAUGAAAUCAUUUUACCGUACGUUAUGCAGGUACCGCAGAGCACUAGCCUCGCUCAGCUCGUUGUCGGUCAUUUCCAUGUCUUCCUUCUCACACAACGGUUUCAAGUCAAGACCUGAAUUUUGAACUUGGCUUUAUAAAAGACAUAACUCAUACUCCUCUAUUUUUACAUUCCGCUAGAGUCAGAUAAAUCCAUUAAAAUGUUCCGUAAUAUAAUAACCGAUCUGAAAUUUAUUUUGUUUACAUUCACCUUACCUUCGAUAUGCAGUAACCAAGGAUAUGGUGACUGUUAUUCAAAAUCAAUAAACAUAUCAACUUGUGCUGCCAGUUUAAAAAAAUUCACUAGCGUUUCCGAUUUGACAUUUCCAGUUACUGAGGGGUAGUUAAAUUUACGAUACAGUUUUGAUAGACGAGUGGCAGGUCGUGUCGUCGGUCUCACCUUUCCGUUCUAUAUAUUCACAUCCUUGCUCUCCCUUGAAUACUAUCAUUCUAUAAUUUUCAUUUUCUGUUUCUACGAAAAAAAUGGUCUCUGGUUAGGUCAAUAUCGCAAAAAGAAAAAAGACAAUAAUAAUCGUUAGGCGAAAUUAUGCCGGAAAAAAUUUCUUGCAGAUUGAAAAUCUGGGCCAACUAAACCUCAUUUUCGGUACUUCCAUUUAACCGUGUAUGACAUUUUCAUCAGGAUAAUUUUUGACAGUUCUCGCGUGAGCACGUUUGUUUUGUUUUCCAUGCGGUGUGUCGUUUCGGUAGUUUGUGCGUUCAUUUUGGUGAAAAAGAAGGCAACCUGGGUUGAGAAUGGGAAAAUUUCGUUCCAAAUUGAAGAAAAAAGUUGGAACCAAAAGAUGGGCUCGAGGUCAAGCUUCCAACUCGAACCCGGAAUCGAACAAGCAUAGAGCAAAAGCGAGGAGUAGCUUUUUCCAGUCGAAUCUUAGCUUGAAACCGACCUCAUCGUCGGCGACCGUCGGAACCGAACCCAGCAAGCUUACGCUGGAGGCAGUGUUGAAACAUGACGCUGUGCAAUCGUACAACACCCCGAAACAAGGUGGUGGCCCAACGGUUAAUGAUCUCACCGUCAGUUUGCGAUCGUUCAGCAUGAACGAAUCCCUGGCCGAUGGAGACGGCAUGACCGAGUCACAGCUUGGAACGUUCAAAACUUUUCAGACGUUCGCCUCAAACUGGAGUGCGUGCAGCAACAUGAGCUUUAAAAAGCUGUUGAAUAGUUUCCGAGCGGAUUCACAGCUGCAAAAGGAUAUGCUAGCAAUAUUGGCCGCUUUGACCGAGGUCAUUAAGGAAAAAGGAGGGGGUCAAAGUAGUACAGAGUAUUUCCUUGGACUGAUGGAAACACUAGAGGCGACCAAAGAAGAAACCGAUACCGUGGCUGUCAUUUCACUGCUGUCGAUGGGCAUAAAGUCAGUUCCGGAAGGUGUGUUAAGAAAAAAGUUUUCCGAAACCGGUCAAACACUAUUGAAUCUGCUAGAACGGUAUGCUGAUGCAGACAAUCAGAACAUCGUCCGAAGCAUUAUAGGAUGCCUGUCGGUGUUGUUGCGGGCGCAGGAGUAUUCGCAGUGGAAGCUUUCGUCAACGUUGAAAUUUUUUGAUGCCCUUUUGUCGUUUGUUAUUCACACCAAACCAAAAAUUAGAAAGGCAGCUCAGCAUGCGGUGGUGGCCAUUAUUCAUGGAAGUUGCUUCAUGCUUCCGCCUAAAAUUGAGGAAGAAGCAGACGACAACAUGGACGGAGGUGUGGCACCGAAACCGGUAGUAAAAUGUCAUCCGGUUGGUAGUCGUGUGGCGAAAUUCUGUGUCGGACAAUUCAAACCGGAGAAUAUUGGUAACAAUCAAACGUUGGUCCUUCACACACUGGGACUGCUUCACAACGCAUUGCCCGGUUUUUCCAAAGACGAUAUCAAGUUGACUGCGGAAAAUUUACUGUCGAUUAUGACAGCUACCAAUGUGCUAAUAAGAACCAACUGCUUCCAAACGUUCCAUUCACUGUUUUCGUCGAAAUCGGAAAAUUUAACUCCAGUGUUGGCCGGUAAGCUCAUAGCUGCCCUGUACGACUAUCGUCCGGAUAAGUCCGACACGAAACAAACAAUAGCCUGGUUGACUGUGCUGAAGGAAGGUCAUCUUUUCUUGGCCAAAUACAAUCUGACAAUGUGCAGCAGUGCUCUGCCAAGAUUUGUGGACAUUUGCACUAACGAUUUCUGGAGAUCGGAGAAAAUGGAAGUCGUGUCGUGUGCUUCGAACGCACUGAAGGACAUUCUGUACGAAUGUGUUCAGCCCUGCUGCGAAGAUGACGAAGUCGAAAAGCACCGGAUUCCGAUCGAACGGGUGUUGAAAUCCAUAAACGAUGUGCUCAAUUCGGCACCUUUUGGGCAUGCAGCGAAUCAGGUGCUCGUCAUCCUGGCAAUAGCGUUCGAUAUCGCCGGAGGUCAUUUCGGAUCGACUCUGGCACCCGCUUUGAAGUCCUUGGGCAAUCGCUACGAUCCGCAAUCGUCAAGUCGAAUUCAAAUCGAACACGCCGUCCUUCAAGCAAUCGGUUCGAUGGAUACCGGUGUGGUUUUGGAGUGCAUUCCAUUGGCCGACGGGUCCGGAAAAAUUGAACUGGAUAAGACUUGGAUGUUGCCGUUGUUCCGCGAAGGCCUCAACCAAUCUCGGUUGGAAAUUUUCAACAAUGUCAUCCUGAAACUAGCCUACCAAUGUUUCGUGCUGUGGAAUAAGUUCAAAGAAUCGGAGAACAAACAACAGGCUCACAUUUUUGAGUUGUUGUGCUGUCAACUGUGGGGUCUUUUCCCCGGUUUCUGUCGUCGCCCGAAGGAUGUGGAAAACUUCCGUCACAUCGCGAAAACUCUCGGUACCGUCCUGAACGAGAAUCCACCUCUGCGUUCUGCCAUAUUGGACGGUUUGAAAGAAUUAAUCACGCAUCUGGAAUCGGAUUCGGAUAAAGCGGAAGUGGGCAGAUUUGCGAAAAAUUUCCUGCCUCGGCUGUUCAACAUCUACACUACCAAACCGAAGGGAAGUUACGAGAACGAAGUUCGUCAGGCCGCGUUCGAAACCAUUCGCGUCUAUCUCGCUAUCACCCCGAAACCCGUGCUGGAUGAAAUGCACUCUACGGCACUGGAGCAACUGACCACCAAAGCUCCCGGUACGUUCCUCUACGAUAUGCUUUUCGAUGUGGUAGAGCAACUGUCGCUCCAUCAGUCGUCCGAUAAGCUGGACGAGAUCUACCAGCGCUAUAUCGUUGCAAUUCUAAAGCGUGACAAGACUCAGGACACGGUAGCCAAAUCCAAUGCCAACGUACGGCGACAGAUGAAGAAAGCCUUCAAACUGCUGCGAGAGAUCCUUGCCUCCGAGAACGCCGGUUGUCAGGAGUUUGUUGCAAACAAACGGGGCAACGUGGAAAAGCUGUUGCUGGGAACGCUACACUCAACCUUCGAUGGAAUUCAGGCACCGCGUUUGGCGUGUCUUAAGUUACUUAUCGAAAAGAAUCCGGACAUAAAAAUCACCAAUAAAAUCAUCACCCGAACCGUACCGGAAGCGAUCGCCUCGUACAACGUGGAAGCCGUCAAGCAGGAAAAUCUAUCCAACGAUUUAAUCGAAAUGAUUGGAACAAUGUACAAUAACGAAAAUAAACUGAAUGAGUUCGAAAACCUGGCCAUCGCCGGUCUGAUCGGAGACAGCACUCUGAUCACCAACACCAUAUGGGUUCUGAAGAACAUUUUGCAAACCUUCACCGGUUCGCUGACGGUGGAUUCGUUGAAGUUUAUGCUGGAACAAGUGCUAACCAUAAUGAUGGGACACAACCGAUCCGAGGUGGACGCUGCACUUAACUUUCUGCUGUUGUACAUCAAAAUACUGCCGGUUCCGAUGGUCACCAACUAUUUGCAGAUGAUUAUGAAGGCCCUCUCGUCGAUGGUGCCGGACACGAAACGUCACUGUCGGUUACUGAUCGGGUACACGUUGAAGCGGCUCGCCAAACGGUUCGGUGCCGAGGAAAUCGUCAAGCUCGUUCCGGGUAACGACGAAGUAACACACAAACGACUGAAGAAAAUUCGUAAGGAGCUUGCCCGUGCCAAACGGAACAAACUUCUGGAGCAGCAGAAACAGAAGAAACAGGGCGCUACCAACGAGGACGAAACUGACGAGGAAGAUGAUUUGGCUGGUCAUUUGGAGAAGAAGAGUUUAACAAUCGAUGACAUAUUGGCUGAUUCGGAGUCCGAUUCGGAUUCCGGCGUGGAAGACGAAAAGAAGGCACGGAGAAAGAUGAACACUUACAUCAAGGAAUCUCCGGACAACAUUGUCGACCUGGCGGAUUUGGAUGCCAUUAGCAAGGUUACAACAUCGGAACCAUCGAAAUAUUCGGAGCCCUCGGGGUCUCAAACGAGAAAGAAGAAAGAUCCCAACCGGGGAUUCGCCACCGCUCCGGAUGGUCGUCUGGUCAUCGAAGACAUCGAGGACUACUCCGACUCGGACGAGGACCCCGACAGUAACGUUGGCUACAAGGAGAAGGCCAAAAAGCGUGUAUACGACGAGGAUAGCGACAGUGGCGAAGAGGUAGCAACCGAUGAUGCCGAAGCGGGACCAUCGUCCCGAAAGCGCAAAGCAAUGGAAGCGAUGAGCGUUCGAUCCGGUAUGACUGCCGGCAGCAGUCGGUACAUUGCCGGCGGUAAAGGUAUUCAUCGGCCGGUAGCGGCAUCCGUUAAAUCCGGCUACACCAACCGAUCGACAAAGUCGAACAAAAGUAGCAAGACGUACGCUUCGACCGGAACGGAUUACAGGUCGAAGAAAGCACAAGGUGAUAUGUUGAAAAAAGGCAAACACGAACCGUUUGCCUAUGUUCCGUUGAGUAGAAAUUCGUUGAAUAGAAGAAAACGAGCCAAACAUGCUGGUCAAUUCAAGAGCAUUGUAAAAGGAGCCCGAAAGGGUGCUGCGGCAGGUGCUAAAAAUAGAUCGAUUAAAAAAUCCAUCAACAAGCGAAAAUGAGCUGGGAAUUUCUUUCAGUAAGCUAGUGAUUUUUCUACGAAAAAAAUCUAAAUCAACUAAAAAUACAUCUACACAUUAUCAAAUGUAAAUAAAUUAACAUUCAAAGUCUAUCAGAAUCAAGAA